AUGGCGCCACCACCAGCCGAUUUGAAAAUAGAAGACAUUGUCCUCAACGACGGGUAUGAUAUCGACAAAAUCAUGGAACACUUCAAACAAGAGGGUCGCCUCGACAAAUCCGCAGUGUCGGAUAUCUUGAAGAGGUGCGCGAAAAUCAUCUCUAACGAGCCGAACUUGCUCGACAUAGACUCUCCUUGUGUCAUCUUCGGCGAUCUUCAUGGACAAUUCUACGACUUAGCAAAUAUCCUUCUCGACUAUCCGCAGCCAAGCGACACUCACAUGCUCUUCUUGGGCGACUAUGUUGAUCGAGGAUACUUUGGGUGUGAGAACAUCCUCCUCCUUUUCUCAAUGAAAGUGACUUACCCAGACAGAAUCCAUCUCCUCAGAGGGAACCAUGAGUGCAGACUUUUGACUACCUUUUUCAACUUUAGACAAGAGUGCUGCUUCAAAUAUGGUGACCAAAUUUAUAACGAGGUGAUGAAGACUUUCGACUGCUUACCAAUCUGCGCGUUGCUCCAUUCUGAACUCGGGAAGUUCUUCUGUGUGCACGGAGGCAUUUCCCCAAAUUUGAAUAGCCUCCAAGAUAUUAACAAAUUCAAUAGAUUCAGAGAACCCCCAGCCGCUGGUCUCUUCUGUGAUUUGUUGUGGUCUGAUCCAGUUGAUGAAAGUGUGUACGCUCGACUCAACGAAAAGCAGAAAGAAGAAUGGCAGCGGAUAUCAUUCACAGAGAACAAGAUUCGAGGGUGCAGCUAUUGUUACGGGUUUGCUGGUGUCGACGAAUUCUUGAAGAAAAAUGAAUUGACGUCGAUCAUCCGAGCACAUGAAGUGCAAAAGGAAGGCUGUAACUUACACUACUUUAAUAGAGACGACAUUACACAUCCACUUGUUAUGACACUUUUCACUGCACCAAAUUACUGUGAUGUGUAUGACAACGACGGUGCUGUUUUGGUGUUGUUGGAUAACGAACUGUCCUUCUUAUCUUACAACUCAGUGCCACAUCCGUUUUGGUUGCCGAAGUUCCAGAACGGCGUUUCUUUUUCACUCCCAGUGCUUGGAGAGACUAUCAACGCACUUGCAAAGAAACUGUAUGCAUUCUCAAUGUACCACGACUUCGUCGACGACUCUGAUGAUAAGCCAAUCAAAUUCAGAUUGGUCGACGAACCAAAGGAAGUCAAACCCGAGACAACAGAACCAAAAAAAGAAAUCAAAAUGCCCGUCAUGCCAACAAAGGAUAAGUCAAAAAGAGGAAUAUCAGUGGAAGACUUCUUACAACCACUCGACUUGAACGAGGCGUCUCAUGAAACAGACAGUUUCAGAACAGCAGCAAGCAGAAGCAGAUCAUUUGUAGAUAGACUUCCACAUGGUGUCCCCGAGAGAAAAAAACCCGAAAACAGACCAAGGUGCUGCACAUUCUCAAUGAAAGGAAGAUUCAACAAAUCUUUCGACAGAUUCUCCUUCUCUGUAACCGCAUCACCACGAUUUGCAGAAGCCAAGAACAACGAUGUCGCGAAUGAAAAAAGGCCAGUCGAGCUCGAAGAGCUUAAGAAACAGUGGGGACUCGUACAGGAAUAA